CGGGGUAUAAAUACACGAGGACCAGCGCCCUCCGCCAACCCUGGAAUUGGCUGCUUCCCUCGGACCCCCGGAGGCCACCGCCGACACCUCUAACAACAAACCGAGCAGCAGCGGAUUUCCGGAGAUAUUUCGAUUGAACCGACAAUGGUUGGACUGAAGCCGACAGACAUCCCCCCGACAGCCACGAUUAAAUUUGUGGGCGCGGGGACGGCGGCGUGCAUCGCCGACUUAUUUACCUUUCCACUGGACACCGCUAAAGUCAGACUGCAGAUCCAAGGGGAAAGCGUGUCCGAGAAGAGCGUCAGGAUCGUCCAGUACAAGGGGGUCUACGGCACCAUCACCACCAUGGUGCGCACGGAGGGGGCGGCCAGUCUCUACAACGGCCUGGUGGCCGGGCUCCAGAGACAGAUGAGUUUCGCCUCGGUCCGGAUCGGCCUCUAUGACUCGGUCAAGCAUUUCUAUUGCCGCCAAGCAGAAAACUCGGGCGUCUGGUGUAGGCUGCUGGCCGGCUGCACCACGGGGGCCCUGGCCGUCACCUUCGCCCAGCCCACGGACGUGGUCAAGGUGAGGUUCCAGGCGCACGUCAAGGUCUCCGACGGGAACAAGCGCUAUAACGGGACGGUGGACGCCUACAAGACCAUCGCCAAAGAGGAGGGACUCAAAGGACUCUGGAAAGGGACCAUGCCGAACAUCACCCGCAACGCCAUCGUCAACUGCGCAGAGCUGGUUACGUACGACCUCAUCAAGGAAGCCAUUCUCAACCGGCACCUAAUGACAGAUAACCUGCCGUGUCAUUUUGUGGCUGCGUUUGGCGCCGGCUUCUGCGCGACGAUCGUGGCUUCGCCGGUGGAUGUCGUGAAGACCCGGUACAUGAACUCUACCGGCGGGCAGUACAAGAACGCUCUGGACUGCGCCGUGACCAUGCUGGUGAAAGAGGGGAGCCCCGCUUUUUACAAGGGCUUCGUGCCGGCGUUCCUGAGACUCGGCUCUUGGAACAUCGUAAUGUUCGUGAGUUACGAGCAGCUGAAGAGAGCCAUGAUGAUGGCCCACGGCUCAUGAGCCUUCUCCUAAUAAGACGAUGAAGACAUUAGAACGGCAAAUGUCCCCUGUGUCGGAGGAACGGGCCCUCUGGCAGGAGCCACCCCUCCCCCUAUACAUAGGGCAGCAUAGGACAUCGAGGGGUGCAAUAUAAGGAAGAGUCCUCAAAUCACCAAGAAGAUCCAUGAAGACCUGACCUAGAAGGGAAAAAAUGACUAACAGGUCCAAAUCCACGUGGUGCUAGUAAAGUCCCGUAAAGCAGAUAUAUUGUAUCUUUUAGGAACAAAUGUAAGUUCCGUAAAGCAGAUAUAUUGUAUCUUUCUAGGAACUAAUGUAAGUUUUGGGGCAAUUGUGUUAUUUUGCACAGGAACGGUGCGCGGUUAACAAGUUCAAAAUCAUGCUUGACGUCUGGCGAAUAAUCUGUAAUUAUCUCCACUGUUGACCAAAACCCUAGAUUCUUUGGGUAUGUUUUUAUUUUAGAGGUCAAAGGCUGCUGCGCUUUGAUGCAGAGAGUAUUCCCGCGGCCGGCGGCCAUACUUGAAGACACAAUCUUUGCUCUCUGUGUUUAGAGCAGAUCCGCUCUUUAAAGGUCCACCCGUGCAUUCCAUGUUUGAAUAAAGGUGUUCUGUUUG